GGCACUUUCCAUCUUCCCCAAAAGCACCUCGGAUGUCGAUAUAUUGUAAAGUUAGGGCUUCAUGUUUUCGUUGAUCAGUUACAUACCCUGAAUGUGAUCGUAAAUAUAUAGGUAUUCGCAAGCAAACGUGCAAUACUAUCGUUGGCAUAAAAAUGUCCGUAGUGAAUUAUGCGCGAACGUUACAGAAAGUAAUAUUGAAUAUUGGGCCUAGAUGUUAUCACCGCUGGGUUACAACAGCUUCAGUGGCUCUACGUAUCAGAGAUUCCAAGCAGAACUUCAGGUGCCGACUUUGGUGUGGUCUUUUAACACCUGUACAUUAUCAGUACAGUACAGAAGGUAACACAUCAAAGGUACCCAGUGUAGCAACAUGGGAGCCUGUACUGGAGAACCAACUACCUCCAGCUAAGCAAGUCCCUGCAGACCUUGUUGACAAAUUAGAGAGACUAGCUUUGGUAGAUUUCCCCAACCAGGAGGGGCUUGUAUGUCUGAAGAAAGCCAUCCGAUUUGCUGAUCAGCUGCAUGUUGUUGACACAGAGGGGGUAGAUCCAAUGGAUUCAGUUCUAGAGAACAGUCUGUCCUUUAGGGCAUUGUAUCUGAGGGAGGAUGUAGUAGCAGAGGGGGACUGUGCAGAUAGACUGCUCCAGCUUUCCAAAGACACCGUAGAGGAGUACUUUGUGGCACCGCCAGGUAACAUUCCACUACCAGGGAGAGAGGAAUGUUGAAACACAUUCCGACUCAACAAAAUAAGGAAGGACAGGACUAUCUUGAAGACAUAGACCUUUGUAAGGACAUAAAUGAAUAAAGACUGCUUGAACCAUAA